GCAGAGAUGCGACCAUGUCCCACGAAGCCGUAGUGCAAAAAGCUAAAGGCAAGAGUAUCACAGAGCUACACGACUUCGCAUUCAAUGCUGGCGUCGGCACCAACGACUGCGUAGACGUUGUCUACCCAAUGGCCUCUCAUCCGCAGUAUCGACAGUUGAGGCGCGCUUAUCCAGCUACCGACUACCUAUUGCGCGGACGAAAGAUCCUAGCGAGGAUCGUGGCAGCAACGACCGAAGUUGAGGAAAUGCUGAGGUCGACGGUUUUGAUGCCACUAUUUGCAUGGAUCAAGGAGAAUUUCGUAAAUCAUGCUAGUGCUGGU